UUCCACACGCGUGCUGCGCGCUCGGACCUCUUUCACGUCAGGGACUUCUUGCCUUAUUAUUUUUUUUUCUUCCCACGAGAUGCCCGCCGUGACCGUGGAACAGUCAGGAGAAUGAAGCAGAGACGCGUUUUCUUUGAUAUUUAACUGCACUGGGUUGUUUUUCUGUUUGCAGCGCGCACUGACGCGCGCUGGUCCAGACUGUGAAGGAUCUGCUCUGCUUCUCUGAACUUUGUUUUGUUGUUGUGUGUUUUAACACUGAUUUCAUCUGAGAGGAAAGUGGGCAAACUGUUGGAAUUCUUUCUUAAAUUACGGCAAAGUUUGGAUGUGAACAUUUAUCGGAGCGGCUGGAAGAACGAGCUUUAUGUCUCUUCUUUCUGCAGUAAUUCCAAGCUUCAAACCACUGGAGGCUGGUUGACCAUGCAGCUGGACGGUCUGUGGGUGAUCUAUGCCCUCGUGGCUCUGUCCAGCAUCGCCUUUGGGAACCUAGUGAGCAGCGACCCACUGGCUGCACCUCGUGUCUUCAUCUCCUUCAAAGAGCUGAGAUCCACAGGCACUGCCCAUCACUUUGCCUACCUCCUCAACACAUCCGACUACCGGAUCUUGCGUAUGGAUGAGGACCAUGAUCGCAUGUACGUGGGCAGCAAGGACCACAUCCUGUCCCUGGACCUUCAUGAUAUCAAUAAGGACCCACACAUUAUUCACUGGCCGGUGUCUGAGCGAAGAAGGAUGGAGUGCCGUGUUAGUGGGAAGGACGCCAAUGAGGAAUGUGCAAACUUCAUCCGCCUGAUCGAACCGUGGAACCGGACUCAGCUGUAUGUCUGUGGGACUGGAGCUUACAAUCCUGUGUGUACAUUCGUCAACCGUGGGCGCAAACCUCAGACAUCCAUGUAUCUGCAGAUGGCCCUGGCCAGAGGGAGGGCCAACCGUGCAGCUGAACCCAGCGUGGUGCACGAGACACUUGGACUAAAGGAGGAAAUCUUCCAUUUGGAACCUGGCAGGGUGGAAUCUGGGAAGGGAAAGUGCUCCUACGACCCGAAGCUGAACAGCGUGUCAGCUUUGAUCAAUGGUGAACUGUACGCCGGGGUCUAUGUUGACUUCAUGGGAACGGAUUCUGCCAUUUUCCGUACACUGGGGACAAAAACGGCCAUGCGUACAGAUCAGUACAACUCCAGAUGGCUGAAUGACCCCACUUUCAUCCACGUGCACCUCAUUCCUGACAGCGCAGAGAGAAACGACAACAAGCUGUAUUUUUUCUUCCGGGAGAAGUCCUCUGAAAUGGGUCAGAGCCCCGUCACCCAGUCGCGCAUCGGACGCAUCUGCCUGAAUGACGACGGAGGCCACUGCUGUCUGGUCAAUAAGUGGAGCACAUUCCUGAAGGCCCGGCUCAUCUGCUCGGUCCCGGGGGCUGAUGGCAUGGAGACACAUUUUGAUGAACUCCGAAAUGUUUACAUCCAACCAACACAGGACACAAAAAAUCCUGUUAUAUAUGGAGUGUUCUCUGUUUCUGGUUCUGUGUUCAAAGGCUCGGCAGUGUGUGUCUACUCCAUGGCUGACAUCCGCAUGGUCUUCAACGGACCCUUCGCCCACAAGGAGGGACCCAAUUACCAGUGGGUGGCCUAUACAGGAAAGAUCCCUUACCCUCGACCCGGCACGUGCCCUGGAGGUACUUUCACCCCCAGCAUGAAGUCCACAAAGGACUAUCCAGAUGAAGUGAUUAACUUUAUGAGGAAUCACCCUGCCAUGCACAAUGCUGUGUACCCAGUACACAAGCGCCCCCUGGUGGUUCGGACCAACGUGGACUAUGAGUUCACCACCAUCACAGUGGAUCAGGUGACAGCUGCAGACGGCAACUAUGAAGUGCUUUUUUUAGGGACUGACAAGGGGACAGUACAGAAAGUUAUUGUGCUCCCGAGAGAUGACCUGCAGACUGAGGAGCUCAUCCUGGAGGAGGUGGAGGUAUUUAAGGUUCCUACUCCGAUCACAACAAUGAAGAUCUCAUCCAAACGGCAACAGCUGUACGUAUCAUCUCUGGUCGGCCUGACCCAGCUGGCCCUUCACCGCUGUGACGUGUACGGCGAGGCCUGUGCUGACUGCUGUCUGGCCAGAGACCCUUACUGUGCCUGGGAUGGCAAUUCCUGCUCCCGUUAUUCUGCCUCUCAGAAGAGGUCUGACCCCUUUAGACGUAGCAGGAGGCAGGAUGUCAAGUACGGGAAUCCUAUUCGCCAGUGCCGAGGCUUCAACUCCAACGCCAAUAAGAACACUUUGGAGAUGGUGCAGUACGGGGUGGAGGGAAGCAGCACCUUCCUGGAGUGUCAGGCCCGAUCUCCACAUGCUGUCAUCAAAUGGCAUCUGCAGAGAGACAACAGCGACCGUAGAAAAGAGAUGCGUUCUGAUGGUCGGAUUCUGAGAACAGAGCAAGGUCUACUGCUGCGCUCCCUGCAGCCUUCUGACUCUGGCAUGUAUCAGUGCACAGCCACAGAGAAGAACUUUAAGCACAUGCUGGUCAAGCUGCAGCUGGUGGUGCUAUCAAGCCGGGCUGUCAAUAAUGUACUGGUGGAGGGAGGGAUAGGGCUGGUGCCAUCUUCUUUUCACUCCAGCAGCACCCAGUGGACCCCCAGUGCGGGCCAGUACAAGGACCUGCUGACCAUCCUGAGCCAACCAGAGAUGAGCCUGAUCAAUCAGUACUGCCAAGACUACUGGCAGUUUGGAGACCCCCUGCUGGGAGCCCUCAAGGCCAAAGACCUGAAGGAACUCAAGGAGCAGAAGAAACCCCGCAACCGCCGGCAUCAUGCGGAGGACAAAGAGGAGCAAGUGGAGGUCAUCACAUGAGGAACCCAUCCCCUUCUGUGAAACACCCAAACCAACCUGCCCCCCCACCCCCACCCACCCUGUGAAAACUGCAACAGACUCAUUGAGAGUAGCAACAUGAGAGAAAAAAUCCAUUAACCAGAAAAAAAACUGUUUAAAAAAGAGGCUUGCAACAAAAACCCACAUACAUCCUUUCAAACAGCAAAAUAUAUGACACACAGUAUUUAUUGUAGGUUGUAUAUAGUAUCAUUCUGUGGAUUUCUUUGUACUUAUAAAAAAAUGCUGUUUGUGAAUAGGUAACUUUGGGGCAAAUGUUAUUGUUAUUGUUGAUGUUGUUAAUUUUAUUAUUACUGUUACUGUUAUCGCGAAACUCUUCCGUCACAUCAGUCAAACCAUAUGACGACUGCUUGUGUUAUCAGUCAUGUAAGCUGUUGGGACGGAGCUGCAA